CCCACUGUUUCCAUCCUUAACUCUCUUGAAGAUUACUCUUUAGUUUUCAUGCUUCUGUUUCCUUUUAACUCCUUAUUUUUAAUCUCUCUAUGCUCUAUCCCCCAUUUACUCCAUCGCUUGCAUUGCUUUUCUCACAACUACCAUCCGCAUCGCGUCGUCGAUCUGCAGACGAUCUAAUCGUUGAAAAAGAGCGCUAUUGCCUGGUUGGCGAUAGCCUGGACGAAGCCUUUGUGGACUUGAUUGUGGGCCUGGAGCCCUUCUGGAAUCCGCGCAACCCCAAGCCGCCGACACCAAAGUUGCCCACGCCCACACCCGAGGAGCUGGCUGCCAUGGAGGCAGCGCGUGCAGAAGCGGAAGCCGCCGCCGCUGCCGAGGCGGAAGCGAAAGCAGCCGCUGCUGGCGCGGAGCCCGGAGCCGAGGGCGAGGGCGUAGCGCCCGGAGAGCCUGGUGCACCGCCCAAGGAGCCGACUCCACCGCCCAAGGAGCCAACACCGCCACCACCACCACCGCCGCCAUUCGAGUACUCGAUCGAUCUGCCCCCAGAGGGCGCCGAGGUGCCCUAUGUCAAGAACUACGAGCCACCACCACCCGGAUCCGAGCCAGAGCCAGCGCCAGCAGCUGAGGGAGAGGCAGCUCCGGCUGCUGAUGGUGCUGCUCCUCCAGCGGAGGGUGCUGCGCCCGCUGCCGAUGGAGCUGCUCCUCCAGCUGAGGGUGCCGCACCUGCUGCUGAGGGUGCUGCUCCUCCGGCUGAGGGUGCUGCUCCAGCUCCAGCCGAAGGAGCUGCGCCCGCUGCUGAGGGUGAAGCUGCACCAGCUGCUGAAGCCGCUCCUGCUGAGGCUGCUCCUGCUGCCGAAGCAGCUCCGGCUGCUGAAGCUGCUCCUGCUGCUGAGGCUGCUCCUGCUGCCGAAGCCGCCCCCGCUGCCGAAGGCGAGGCACCACCAGCUUAAGCCAACGAACCAAGCCUAUUCCCGGCAGAAACUGCUAAACGAAACCGAAAGAAAAAACCACAACUGCUACCAAAUGCUGCCCCUGCUUUUAAAAACCUAAAAUUAAGAGCACGUUUUUGGAAACAUUUUUUAUUUACAAAACCAAACGAAAAAUUGAAUUAAAAAAAGUUCAGUUAACCGACAAAGCAUUGCAAAAACCAAAAUGCUGCUUUCCUUUUUAUUUUUGCCUUAUUUUUAUUUAAAACAUUAACAGCUAGCACGACACUUUGCCGAUAUUGCGAACUCUACUGCAGUUCACUUGCUGCUCGGCUGGCUUUUUAUUUAUUUUCCCCCAAAGAAACGAGGUAAUUAUUAUUUAUCUAUUAUUUAUUGUUUAGUGUGAAGGUCUUUAGUUUGUGUCUGUCAGGAUUUUCAGUGUAACUUAAGUGAUUUGUUCCAAACCUAUUUUUAUUAAUUUACGUUCCUUAUUCUUUUGCGUUCUCUUAUGAUUUUACGAACAUCC